AUGCAACUCUUAUCAAAAUGUACCCAGCUCAGACACUGGCUAUGUCGAUCCGGUGCGAAGCUUCUCGGCAAAAAACCACCUGAGAUAUAUCUUGAGAUAUCUCUUAAAUCAGCAUCAUCAUCCACGACAGUGGUGCCUCUUCGAGCAGAAUCGCCAGUAAUAGGACCUCGCGAAGCAACACCACCCGAGCCUCCCCAGAUAACGCCUCCAGGAUCCCCUACAGUAACACAAUCAGGGUCUACGGAAACGGGAAAAGAAAAGAAAAUUAUUCGGACUUCAAGUAAUUCGGAUGGCGACUCCGAAAAUCAAUCGGCUCAAAAAUUGCCCCCAAGAACAUGGCCAUAUCAACUGGCUACACCGGAGAAUUGCAAGAAGAUCGCAGAAUAUAUACGAACUGCUUCCGCCAGGGUACGCUAUGCUGCCUUCCUCGGCAUCCAGGAAAUCGCCGAGGCCCAAGCUGGUGCAGCAACUGCCGCAGAAGUAACUCACUUCGUCGCCCACAGUAUACCUUAUCUUCUCGAUAAUUUCAUAGGACUUGUCGAGGGAAUAAGAACUAACGACGUAGACGAAAUUGUUGAGAAAGCUUGCCGUAUUCCAUCCUGGCCCGAUGAUGUGUUCCGUACUAUCAGUCAUCAGCCCGCCCAGACGGUUGCUAGUUAUGUCGAUGGUUCCCUAAACGGUCCUCACGCAGAAGCUACGGUUACAGCUAUUGAAAGAGCUGAAAGAAGACUCGUUAGCUCCAUUGCGGAUUCUAUGGCAGACCACGUUCUUAUUCCCGAGUCCACAAAGUGGACACUUAGGAUGUUGAUGUUCACUAUUUCGGCGGCAGCUUGUGAAGCAGCUUUCAUCCAGGCUUGGAUUGUUUAUCAAAGUGCGGGUGAUAUAACUCUCUCAGGUAACUAUCCUCCACCACCUUAUACAGGAGAGUUAAAUAAUGUGUGGGAAAUGGAGGUACCCGAGGGGUUGGUCGGUGGACAUGGUGGGCGAGCGGCGUCAAAAUAUUGACCUCAGACUUUGCUUAUUUGACUUUGAGGCAGGAGAAACCACGGCGGGGGGGAGUUGUUCUUGAUUUACAACUCCCCUCUAUGAAUUUUUGAUGCAACGUUAGGAAGUUCUUGCUUAAACCUCGUGACAUAAAAAACCUAUCGCC